AUGAAUUUGUGGCCUCCAUUCUCAAAGAAACGAAGAAGCAAAAGAGUUGAAAAUGAUAGAAUCAGUAAGUUACCGGACGCUCUUAUUAUCCAGAUUCUCUCCCUUUUGCCAACGAAAGAUGCCUUCACAACUUCUAUUCUCUCCAAAAGGUGGCAGUAUCUAUGGUCUUCGGUUGAUAACUUAUUUAUCCAGUGUGAAGAUAAAUCACAAAGGGAAAACUUUAUAUCCUUUGUGGAUUAUGCAUUAGAUAAUUCUACUUGUUCCAAAAUUAAAAAAUUUCAUCUGGAUUUCACUCACUUGUCCAAAUACGAGUCACAACUCGAAUUUGUUGAUGAUGAAUUAUUGUUCCCAAUCUCCCGAUGGCUUUCUACUGCUGUCAAAAAAAAUGUUGAAAAUGUUGUAUUGCUGUCAGAUUCAUAUAACUAUGAAUCCAUUGACUUGCCUGACACUAUCUACAAGUGCUCUACCUUGAUAACAUUGUAUCUCACGUGUUGUACAUUUAAAGAAGAAUUCUCCAUAGAUUGGAAGUUUUUAAAGACCUUGAAGUUGAAUGACAUUAAGUUAAAUGAUGACAUAAUUGUAAACAUACUCUCAGGUUGUCCUGCAUUGGAAAUCCUUGAAUUUUCUAAAUUCUAUGGAUUGCGUCAUCUGGAAAUCAAUUCUUCAAAUUUAAAGAGGCUUAAGUUCGAAGAUUAUUUGUCAUACUAUGAUGACUCUGAUGAUCCCUCUUUGGAUAUUAUUGCCCCGAAUAUUCAACAUUUGGAGAUCUCUGAAGAUAUGUAUGAUCUCAAAUGUAGGCUAGUAAAUGUAUCCUCUAUGGUAAGUGCUAAGCUAAAUUUCCGAAUGAGUUGCACAUCAAUUGCUCAAGGUGCUUCUAGUGCCACAUGCCCUAAUGAACAUCAAGUUAUAAGGAAACUCAUCCAAGAUUAUCUUCAAAAGUUGAGCAAUGCAACCAAGUUAACGAUUGGGACUUGGUACACCGAGGUACUACUGAUGCAGUUUGAAGAGAUAUCGCUUCCAGAAUUGAAAUGCAAAUGUCUAACUCUGGAUUUGCGUAUCACAAAGUUUUAUUUCUAUGGAGCAGCUAUCUUGUUGAAAGCCACGCCUCAUGUGGAGACACUCAACAUAACUAUGACAACAACUUUGAUGGAUCUUAGGCGAUGUGCGUUUGAGUUAGGAUGUUUGGCCAAAGAACAUGAUAUUCAUUUCCUAUCAAGCUUCAAUUUUCCCUACCUCAAGAAUGUUAAGGUUUUCAGUUCUUCGAAGAUGUGUUUGAAAGGGAAUAUUGAAUGGGAUAAUGAUGACCUUCUCAAACUUUCAGAAUUUACACUAAAGAAUGCAACAGUUUUGGAGAAGUUCACAAUUAUAUCAAAGAGGAAAACUUGUAAGAUAUGUUCAAUGAAGUGUGCUUCUCGAUAUUCACUUCGAUUGGCUGAGAAAUUGGUAGGUUGCUCAAGAUCGUCAACCACAUGUGUGAUCAUUUGCCAGGAAGGAACUUUCCGUUACUAGA